CUUCCUGCGGCCGCCUUCCGGUCUUGGCGUCAAAGCGGAGGAGGAUGGGCCGCGGGCGCCCCGGAGCUCCGCGCGGCGCCGCCGUCCAGGGCACCAGCGGCAGCAGCGCCGUCAGCAAAUGCUCAGCGGCGGCGCGGGGCUACAUCCAGGAUCGGUUCCUGCGGCUCCUGGUGGGGCGGCGGGGGCGGCGGCGAGCCCCGCUUGUCCACCGGGGUUAUUACAUCCGUGCCCGUGCUGUAGAUCACUGUGUUCAAGACUUCCUGCUGAAGACCCAAAGCCACCCUAGGACACAGAUCUUGUCUUUAGGUGCUGGCUUUGACUCGUUAUACUUCCGUUUGAAGGACAUGGGUCUUCUGCAUCGCACUAUGGUAUAUGAGGUGGAUUUCCCAAAUGUGGCACGCCAGAAAGCUGCUCUGAUCAAAAGAAUGGAAGAAUUGUCGGCAUUGGUGGGAAGCAGUGAAGGGGAAGGAUUAGGAGUCAUUACCUUUUCUGGAAAGGAUUAUAAAUUACUGGGAGUGGAUUUAUCAGAGCUGUCUCAGCUGGAGAGAGCCCUGGAGGAAGCAGGAUUGGACACUGAAAUCACCACCCUCUUCAUAGCAGAGGUGGUGCUCACCUACAUGGAAAAUAGCAGGUCUGAUGCCCUGAUUCAGUGGGCAGCAGAGCAUUUCUCUCAGGCGUGCUUUCUGCUGUAUGAGCAGAUGCACCCAGAGGACCCCUUUGGACGUGUCAUGCAGCAGCAUUUCAACCAGCUGAACUCUACACUUCAUUCUGUGGCACAGUACCCUGAUUGCGAGGCACAGCAGAAGCGCUUCUUGGCAAAGGGCUGGACUGAGUGCAGUGUCAUGGAUAUGAAUGAGUUUUUCACCUGUUGUACUCCAGAAGAUGAGCAGCAAAGAGUGCAGACUCUGGAGCCUUUUGAUGAAUAUGAGGAAUGGCAUCUGAAAUGUUCUCAUUACUUUGUCCUGGCUGCAUCAAAGGGGAUGGAACCUUCCUGGACUCCGCUGUUACCCAGUAUGACAGUUCCCCGUGGUGCUGUUGGGAUGGCUGGGAGUGUCCCUGCAGUGCGUGCGAUGCGCUCUGACACUUCUGGGCUGAGACGUUACGGUCACCACUCUGUUCUUCUAAAACGCGAUGUGAUCCUCACCACUGGAGGCUUUGGGGAGGCGGAUGGACAGCACUGCCGGAUGAGGAAUUUUCAUGUGCUAAUAAAACAUGCAGGCUGCUGGAAAGCUGGCUGUGUGAAGAAUGAAAAUACUGAUAAAAGAUGGGAUGAGCGGCUGUUCCAUACUGUGUCAUGUGUCUCCAACAGUCUGGCCCUGGUGGUAGGAGGACGAACAUCCCCAUCGAGCACAGGCUUGGGAAUGUUGUUGCUGAAGUUCCAUGAAACCUGUAAUGCCUUGGACCCAGGUGACAUUACAGUGAAACUUAUAAGUCUGCAGCCUGCUGCUGAGCCAGCUGCUUUGCGUUGGAGGCACAGCACAACUGAAGUGAUGUUUAAAGGCAAGAAGUACCUCUUUGUGUAUGGUGGCCGCUCUGCUCUGGAGCCUGUGCUGGGGGACUGGUAUUUCUUGCACACUCAAGACCUUUCCUGCACUGGGAUUCCUGUGGAGGGUCCAAUACCAGAAAGCCGUCACUCUCACUCUGCCUGUAGCUGGAAAGGAGGUGUGGUAAUUGCAGGAGGUCUGGGAGCAGCUGAGCAGCCAUUAGGUUCAGUUUUCUUUCUGAGGGAGCUUGAACAUGGCUUUCAAUGGCAGACAGUAGAGACACACCCCCCUCUCAUACCAAGGUAUUCACAUACUGCACAUGUGCAUGAUGGAAAACUUCUGCUUGUUGGUGGAGUGUGGUUUCACUCAUCCUCUGUGCCAGGCAUCACUGUCAUUGACUUAAUGAGCGGUCUGUGCUUGGACUGUAUGAUUAAUGUGAAUCUAGAUGAGGAUACCCUUAUAAAAUUUGCAUUCUGUCUUGAGCAUUCUACAAAGGAAGCCUCUAUAACAUAUCCUCUUCAGACUCUAGUGGCCCCAAUGAUAGUUGAAUUGUCAACACAGGAGUUUUGUUACUGCUGCAGUCUGUUAUCUGCAACAAGUGUCUUUCCAAGGUUCACUUUCCUGAGCUUUCAAAUAUUGGAGGUCAUCAUGAAAGAGCAUCUCUUCAGAUUAUCAGAUAAACAGGUUAUAAAUCAGAUGUUUCUUGUACUGCAGAUGUAUCAGUGUAUGUUUUAGGCUGUCUCCUUUGUGGUGAAGAGGGCAUGAUUGUUCAUUGCUUCUUCUGAUGUAAGAACUAGGAGACAUCAAAAGAAGCUGGUUGGCAAUACUCUUCAAAAGAGUGCUUCAUAUGACACAUAGGUAAGCUCUGGAGCUCCUUGCCACAGGAUAUGAAUGCCGAAGGUUUACACAGAUUCAGAAAGCAAUGGGCUAUGUUCCUGAAAGGAAAAUCAUUAAGGGUUCAGGGUUACAAAGACAUUGUCAUUAACAAUCUGUUGUGCUAUAAGCCAAGCCUGCAACCCAGAACCACGCAGCCGCUCACUCACUCCCCUCCUUCCUCCCCCUGCUCCCAGAGGGAUGGGGAAGAGAAUUGAAAGAAUGUAACUCCCACGGGUUGAGAUAAGGACAGUCCAGUAACUAAGGUAUAACACAAACCACUGCUGCUACCACCAAUAAUAAUAAUUAUAAGGGAAAUAACAAGGGAAGAGAAUACAACUGCUCACCACCCGCUGACCGAUACCCAACCCGACCCGAGCAGUGAUCUAGCCCUUCUGGGUAGCUGC